AUGGAGCUUUCGCGAGUUCUCUUGGUGGGGCUUCUUGCCGUCGGCGUUCUCUUCGUGAAGGAAGCACUGGGUAUCCGACUGCCCGACCGGAACCCUCCAGUGGCGACCGCGGAUCACAGACAGCAGCACCUCGAGGUGGCAGUCUUCGCCCUCGGCAGCUUCUGGAGAUCGGAAGCCGUCUUUGGAUGCCUGCCCGGUGUCGUGCGGACGACGGUGGGAUAUGCUGGCGGUAAUAAGACCAAUCCGCAAUACCGGAAUCUCGGAGGCCACGCAGAAUGCGUCAAGGUCUCUUUCUCUCCCUCCCUCCCUCCCUCCCUCUCUCUCUCUCUCUCUCUCUCUCUCGCUGAUUCCUUUUUGGCCAGGAGGGGGAAAAAUGAAUUCCAUGCUUCUCUUAGCUGAUCUCUGUUGCGAAUUUUUUAAAAUUAUUGUAUUCCUGUUGAUCUCCCCUAUUUUACAUUCAUACAAAAAUUUAUUUGACACUUUUCCCUCGUGGUAUAGCAAGCACAUAUAUUAAUUUGAUUCGUUUGGGGUUUUUCCCCUCGGCAUUAUUUCCCAUCUCCUUCGGUAAUACGUCAGGGAAUCUCUUCUUGUUGGCGUUGGCGUUGUUUUACUUUGACUGGUUAAUAUCUCGUUUACUUUUUUAUGUUAACCGUCAUCAUUCAGUAUUACGCCAAUUAUUACGCUUCAUCUGAUCUCUUGUAACCUUUAAACCUCCGAGGAACUACAUUCAGGAGGUGACUGCCCAUUUUAGAGCUAAUUAUUGAGUUUUAAUUCCCGAAUUUUUGUACGGAAGUCCUUCGGCUGAUGAUUUUAUUUUUUUCCUAACCUUCAUUCUUUAGCAUAUGAUCUUGCUCAUCUCAUAAGUUGACUUUAUGGGCUGGACCUCAGAUUGAAUAUGAUCCAAAGGUGAUUCAAUUCAAGCAGCUUUUGGAUGUAUUCUGGUCGAGUCAUGACUCCAGACAGGUUUUCGGCCAAGGGCCAGAUGUGGGUGACCAGUACAGGUAAUGGAUUGCUGAGAAAUAUUUCUGCAGCUUUUCGUUGGGAAUAUUUUGUCGAUGACACUAGCACGUGUGAAAAUCAGGUCUAUAAUCUUCACAAAUGGAAGUUUGGAGGCUGGAUUAGCUUCUGAAAGCAAAGAAAGAGAGCAGACUUUGUCGAAAAGUAGCCUUGUGACUACCCGCAUCGAGCAGCUGGGAACAUUCUAUCCUGCAGAGCCUGAUCACCAGGUCAGUCCAUGCUAGCCUCGUUUUUUAUUUUCUUCCCUUGAUAGUUGUUACGUGAUUCUUGCCAUAAUAUCUAUGAAAUUCGUAGAGGAAAAUUUUACGUAAACUUCAAUGCCACCAUUCAAUAGUGUAAAUAUAUCUCUUUGGCCAGAGCAUGCCUCAUCUUAUCUGCUAAAGAACUAUGAUGUGCAUUCAGACUUAGCUAUGGUUUUCUUGGAAUAUUUUGUGACUUAGAUCCAGUUUUAUUCUCUAUUACGCGCCACCCACAAUUUUCUUGAUUUCGCAGGUGUGUUGUAGCAUUCUCUCUCUCUCUCUCUCUCUCUCUCUCUCUCUCUCCGGGUUGCAAAAAAAAAUGUCCAAAUGUUUCAUUUUUAUUUCAUUUGAUUCAGGACAUUAGUUAAACACUUCAGCAAGAAAGAAUAAGAUCCUCAUGAACCAUGGGAAAAUCGGAGUCAAAUCUUCGCCAAUGAUCCAACUUUUUCAGCUAUCAACCAUCUAAUCCCUGAUAAGAGGACCUGUAAAGACCUCUGGUGCAGAGAAUAUUCCCGGAUUGAUAUUUUCUAUUGGUUAGGUAACCAUAGCCAUCGGUGUAAGCAGUAAUCACAUAAGCCUCUUUUGAAAAGUGUUUUCAUAGAAGCCAGCCAACGGGCAUCUCCUAAGCCAAAUUACCUGCUUCGAAUCUCCUUUUUUCUGUGCUCUUCCAUACUCCUUAACCCUAGGGAUCCAUCCCUCAAGUAUCCAUAAACAUCAAAUCAGAGCACGCGAUCCAUGGAACCAUUUAUGGACAAGCAUAUCCGAACUGUGGAUAGAUAUCGGAGCCACCCUAACCUUACUAGUAAUAUGCGCAUGACUUGCCUAUAUAUUUUGUUAAUAGCUGAAUAUACUUAUGGUUUAUCAUUGACAUUUCAUUUCGGCAUAUGCACUCUUUUAUGCAUAGUGGAGUCUUACUAUCCAACUAACGAGUUCCCUUGUGAAUCGUCACAGAAGUUUGAGCUCAAACGCAAUCGGUUUCUGCUCCUGUUGAUGGGGAACCUGCCGGAAGAGGAGCUGCAGGGAUCAACCAUGGCUGCAAAGCUGAACAGCUAUUGUGCGGAGUUUUGCCCACCAAAAAUCCAGAUGCAGAUCUACAACAGGAUCAGCGAGAUAGUGAAGAGAGGCUGGCCGCUCCUGAGAGAGCUCUAG